AUGAUCCAGAAAAUUAGGCAGUCAUCCACUUCUUCCACAUCCGUGACAAACUUGAGCAAUUUAUUGGUGUCAGUUACUAAUGAUAAUAUAUGUAGAGUGGCACUGGGGAGGAAAUAUAGUGAUGGUGAAGCAGAAGGAAGCAACAAAUUUGAGUUAAUGUUGAAGGAAAUAAUGGAGCUAGCUGGUACUUUUAAUGUAGGCGAUUACAUCCCAUGGCUUAAAUGGAUGAAUAUCGUGAAUGGUUUGGAUGCCAGAGCUGAUAGACUGGCUAAAUCAUUUGAUGAAUUUUUGUCAAGUAUAGUUGAAGAACAUAGAAGUAGAAGAAAGCAAGAAAACGGCAGCAAAGAAACGGAUCUUGUGGAUUUAUUGCUCGAAAUUCAAAGCGAAAAAAAAUCUAGUUUCACUUUGGAUGAUGAGACCAUGAAAAGUGUCAUUUUUGAUAUGUUUGCUGCUGGGACUGAUACAACAUAUACUUCUCUGGAGUGGACUGUGACGGAGGUUUUAAGACAUCCAAAGAUCAUGAAGAAAUUGCAAAACGAGGUGAGACAAGUAGCCGGAGACAGAUCAGAGAUAACUGAAGAUGAUUUAGAGAAAAUGCCCUAUUUAAAGGCAGUUCUGAAAGAAAGCCUAAGAUUACACCCUUCGAUUCCAUUGCUUGUUCCGCGAGAAUCGACACAGGACACUAAAGUAAUGGGAUACAGCAUUCCUGUUGGUACACAAGUGAUGGUCAAUGCUUGGGCAAUUGCAAGAGACCCAAUGGAGUGGGAAAAUCCUGAUGAAUUCAAUCCAGAAAGGUUCUUGAAUAAUACAGAAGUGGACUUUAGAGGGUUCAAUUUUGAGUACAUUCCAUUUGGUGCUGGUCGAAGAGGUUGCCCUGGUAUUACAUUUGCCAUGGCUGUCAAUGAGUUUGCGUUGGCAAAAUUGAUGCUUAAUUUUGACUUCGCAUUGCCAAUUGGAGCAAAAGAAUGGGACCUGGAUGAAGCCGUUGGAAGCACUGUCCAUAAAAAGAACCCUCUACUUGUCGUUGCCACUCCUCGUUCUUCCUAG